AUGCACACCGCGUCCAGGCCGAGCCUGCGCGAGCUCUUCUAUUUUGCAUCCCGCAGAGACAUCUUGGUAAUCUCCUUUGCAGCUGGUCUCUUCCUCCUCGUGGGCGGUAUCCAGUCGGCACUGAACCUCAUCAUGGCCGAAGUGCUUAACGUUGGCCCUGGGCAGUCUCUCGAGGACGCGGGCACGAAUGCCAUAAUAUAUCUCGGUGGCUACCUCGGGGGCAGCCUGUUCGCGGUGUUCGCCUUUGGAAGCCUCGCGGCGCUCUACACUCGGUACAAGAUGAUGCAGCAAUGGAGAGUACGUUACGUGCAGGCAAUUUUGCGGCAGGACGCCGGCUGGUACGACGUCAACCAAGCGCAGGAGCUCGCUGGCCGAAUGGGAGAGGCGAUGGUGCUCAUCGACAAGGCCUUUUCCGUGCCGACGUACCUCGGCUGUAUGCCCGUCGGCAUGGUUGUAGGGGCAGCCGCCAUCUCCCUAUUCGUCGCGCCCGCACUCGCCGCCAUCCCACUCAGCCUCGCCCUGGUCCUCGUGGUUCCCGCCUCGGUCGUCCUUUCGCGCACCGUCAGCACGCGGACCCGGCUACUCGCUGACGCCUAUUCGGAAGCGGGAGGCUUCUGCGCAGAGGUGCUUGGCGCUGCGCGCACAGUCGCCUCCCUCGGGCUGGAGGACUUCGCCGUCCAAAAGUACGACGAGGUGUUGGCCAAUGCCGAGGCGGUGGCCGUGCGUACGGCGGCCAAGCUCGCUCUGUCCACGGCAACCAUAACGGCGUUCGUUUUCUACGCGUGUGGCGCCGCCUCGAUGUUCGCACUCAGCACCGUCAACGCCCAGAUGCGCCGGACAAGCUUCGAUUUUGAGGCGGACGGCGAAAGCUUCUGCGUGCCGGAUCAGUGCAACAGCUUCGACCCAUUCAUCUUCGCAGCCUCGCUCGGCCUCGAUUACGAUCAGGCGGUGCGCGAGGACGUGCCGUGCAACAGCAGCGGCUGGAGGCCCUUCCGGGCGAGCUGCGCGUCGGGCGAGGGCAUCGACGGCUUAUUUGGGAGCAUCUCGACGUUCCCAGCCAACUUGACAGAGGUUGCCUUUGACGAGGCGGGCGAGGAGUGGCCCUGCGGUGGUGUCGACUUUGAGAUGAUCCUGGUUGGCAUCAACUCGAUCGUUUUCGGGUUCCUUCAGCUGCCGAUGGCGCCAGCUGCCCUCUCUGCCGUCUUGCGCGGCAUGACCGCCGCUCAUUCGUGUCUACUCGUUAUCUCGCGCGAGCCACCCUUUGACCCCUUCUCGGACGAUGGCGAUCGGCCCGAGAGCGUGAAAGGAGGCGUCGAGGUGCGCGACGUGCGCUUCGCGUACCCGGCAGCGCCCUCGUUCUUCGUGUGCCGCGGCUACUCCCUGCAGAUCGCGGCGGGCACGUCGUGUGCGCUGGUCGGCCCGAGCGGCUCCGGCAAGAGCACGAUCGUCGCGCUGCUGCAGCGCUUCUAUGACCCUCAGGCGGGCGCCGUCCUGCUCGACGGCCGUGACAUCCGCACGCUCAAUCUGCGCUGGCUCCGCUCGCAGCUCGGGCUGGUGGGGCAGGAGCCGAUCCUCUUCCAGGGCAGCGUAGCGGAAAACAUCCGGUACGGCAAGCAGGGGGCGUCGCAGGAGGAGGUGGAGGAGGCGGCGCGGCAGGCGAACGCGCACGGCUUCAUCACAGCCGAUCUCAGCGAGGGCUACGACACGCAGGUGGGACUGCGGGGAGGGCACCUCUCGGGCGGUCAGAAGCAGCGGGUGGCCAUCGCGCGAGCGAUUGUGCGCAAACCGGCCAUCAUGCUGCUCGACGAGGCGACGUCGGCGCUUGACAAUGAGAGCGAGAAGGUGGUGCAGGCGGCACUGGACGCAUUGACGGCCCGCAGUGCGGAGGGACUGCGCCAGACGACGAUCACCAUCGCGCAUCGCCUUUCGACCAUCCGCGGCGCCGACAAGAUUGCCGUGAUGAGCAAGGGUGUCGUCAAGGAGCAGGGGACACACGAUGAGCUCUUGGUGGAGCAGGGGAUGUAUGCAGAGCUCUUGGCCCUUGGCCGGGGGAGCCUCUCUACGGUGCCAGUUCUGUCUGAAUGA